UUUACAUAGAACUUUGAAUGGUCAUAUGAAAUUAAUUGCUAAUCAAGGACAAAAUAAUCGAAAACAAUCAGAUCCCUUAAAAAUUGAUGAAAUCAAAUUUAUACUUAACUCACCUAUCACCAAAACAGAUACUCUUAAAGGUGGUAAUACUAAACGAUUAAAAGCUUCUUGGAUUAUUGAAAUGGAUGAUGGUAGAAUAAAGCUUGAAUUACCUAAGGAAAAGAAUCAUGCAGGAGGAAUUAAAGAUCCAUAUACAGCAUCUGGUACAAGUUUUAUACAACCUGAUACUUCAGGAAACAUUUAUACUCCUGUUGCAGAUAUCCAAAAAAUUCUUGAGAAUGACUAUUUCUUUAUAUCAAUCAAUACACCAAAAAUAUAUAUAAUAGUAAUUGGUAUUGAACAACAAAGUUAG